GAGACCCUGAUAUGGACUUCACGUUCCAGAUCCUCCUCCUGGCCUCAUCCAUCCCAGCAGGCCUGAGCUCCUGGGUCGUCUCCACACCCCAGGCUGUGCAGGGCGUAAGGGGCUCCUGCCUCAUCAUCCCCUGCACCUUCAGCUUCCCUGCCAGCGUGGAGGUGCCCCACGGCAUCACAGCCAUCUGGUACUAUGACUACUCAGGCAAUCGGCAGGUAGUGAGCCACUCUGAGAACCCGCAGCUGGUGGAGGCCCGCUUCCGAGGCCGUGCCCUGCUGGUGCGGGACGCCGAGCACAAGGUGUGCAGCCUGCUGUUGAAGGACCUGCAGCCCAAGGACUCGGGCUCCUACAACUUCCGCUUCGAGAUCAGUGAGGGCAACCGCUGGUUAGAUGUCAAAGGCACAGUGGUCACGGUGAGAGAGGAGCCCAGCGUGCCCAUCAUUUCUUCGCCGGCCGAGCUGAGGGAGGGCAUGGAGGUGGACUUCAAAUGCUCCACUCCCUACGCGUGCCUGCAGGACUCAGUCAGCCUGCAGUGGCAAGGCCAGGACCCCGCCCGCUCCUUCACCUCCAAUCUCCAGAAGCUUGAGCCCACAGGCAUCAGCCACCUGGAGACCCUCCACAUGACCCUGUCGUGGCAGGACCAUGGCCGGACCCUGCGCUGCCAGCUCUCCGUGGCCAAUCACAGGACUGAGGGCGAGAUUCACCUCCAAGUGCAGUAUGCCCCCAAGGGUGUGGAGAUCCUCCUCAGCCCCUCAGGGCGGAACAUCCUUCCAGGUGAUCUGGUCACACUCACCUGCCAGGUGAAUAGCAGCCACCCUCAGGUCAGUUCCGUGCAGUGGGUCAAGGAUGGGGCGCACCUCAAAAACCAGAGUCGUGUCCUACAGCUGCCGCGGGCAGCCUGGGCUGAUGCCGGCAUCUACACCUGCGAAGCUGGGAAUGGCGUGGGCUCUUCGAUCUCACCCCCUGUCAGCCUCCACGUCUUCAUGGCUGAGGUCCAGGUGAGCCCAGCAGGCUCCAUCCUGGAGAACCAGACGGUGACGCUGGCCUGCAACACACCUAAAGAAGCACCCAGUGAGCUGCACUACAGGUGGUACAGGAACCACGCCCUGGUGGAGGACAACCACAGCCGCAUCCUCCGGCUGCACGCAGCCACCAGGGCCGACACGGGCUUCUACUUCUGCGAGGUGCAGAACGCCCAGGGCAGAGAGCGCUCUGGCCCGGUCAGCGUGGUGGUCAACCACCCACCCCUCACCCCGGACCUGACUGCCUUCCUGGAGACACAGGCAGGGCUGGUGGGCAUCCUCCAGUGCUCUGUGGUCAGCGAGCCCAUGGCUGCUCUGGUGUUGUCACAUGGGGACCUCAUCCUGGCCUCCACUUCCGGGGAGGGGGACCACAGCCCACGCUUCAGUGUCUCCUCUGCCCCCAACUCCUUGCGCCUGGAGAUUCGAGACCUGCGGCCAACUGACAGUGGGGAGUAUACGUGUUCAGCCACCAACUCCCUUGGGAAUGCAUCCUCCACUCUGGACUUCCAUGCCAAUGCGGCCCGCCUCCUCAUCAGCCCAGCAGCAGAGGUGGCAGAAGGACAGGCGGUGACACUGACCUGUAGGAGCGGCCUGAGCCUGACGCCUGACACCCGCUUCUCCUGGUACCGGAACGGGGCCCUGCUUCUCGAGGGGCCCAGCAGCAGCCUCCUGCUUGCUGCGGCCUCCAGCACCGAUGCCGGCUCCUACCACUGUCGGGCCCAGGACGGCCAUAGCACCAGCGGGCCCUCCCCACCUGCUGUCCUCACCAUCCUCUACGCCCCACGCCAGCCCGUGUUCACCGCCCGGCUGGACUCGGAUACCACAGAAGCCGGGGCUGGACGGCGAGGCCUCCUCCUGUGCCGCGUGGACAGUGACCCCCCCGCCCAGCUGCGGCUGCUCCACAGGGACCGUGUCGUGGCCUCUUCCCCGCCAUCUGGGGGCGGUUGUUGCAUGUGUGGGGGCUGUUCCCAACACACAAAGGUCACCAGAGCCCCCAACCUACUGCGUAUAGAGAUCCAAGACCCAGUGCUGGAGGAUGAGGGUGUGUACCUGUGCGAGGCCAGCAGUGUCCUGGGCAACUCCUCUGCCUCAGCAACCUUCGAUGCCCAGGCCACCGUCCUGGUCAUCACACCGUCGCACACGCUGCAGGAGGGCACCGGAGCCAACCUGACUUGCAGGGUGAGCCGGGAAGCCAGCGGCCCUGCCAACUUCUCCUGGUUCCGGAACGGGGCGCUGUGGGCCCAGGGCCCCCUGGAGACCCUGACGCUGCUGUCUGUGGCCAGAACGGAUGCUGCCCUCUAUGCCUGCCGCAUCCUCACCGAGGCCGGUGCCCAGCUCUCCAGCCCCGUGGUCCUGAGUGUGCUCUAUCCCCCAGACCCUCCGAAGCUGUCCGCUCUCCUGGACGUGGACCAGGGCCACACGGCUGUGUUCGUCUGUGCUGUGGACAGUCGCCCUCUUGCCCAGCUGGCUCUGUUCCACGAGGGGCACCUCCUGGCCAGCAGCCUGGGGCCCCAGCUCCCAUCCCGUGGCCGCCUCCAGGCCAAAGCCACAGCCAACUCCCUGCAGCUAGAGAUCCAAGACUUGAGCCUUGGGGACUCUGGCAGCUACCGCUGUGAGGCCACCAAUGUCCUGGGAUCAGCCAACACGUCCCUCUCCUUCCAGGUCCGAGGGGCCUGGGUCCGGGUGUCCCCAUCGCCUGAGCUCCGGGAGGGCCAGGCUGUGGUCCUGAGCUGCCAGGUGCCCACGGGGGUCCCGGAGGGGACCUCAUACCGCUGGUAUCGGGAUGGCCAGCCCCUCCAGGAGUCCACUUCGGCCACAAUCCAUUUCGCAGCCAUAACUUUGAGCCAAGCUGGGGCCUACCAUUGCCAAGCCCAGGCUCCAGGCUCAGCCACCACGAGCCUGGCUGCCCCCGUCAGCCUCCACGUGUCCUAUGCCCCUCGCCAGGCCACGCUCACCACCCUGACGGACACAGGCCCUGGGCGACUGGGCGUCCUCCUGUGCCGUGUGAACAGCCACCCUGCAUCCCAGCUACGACUGCUCCACGGGGACCUCCUCGUGGCCUCCACCCUCCAGGGUGUGGGGGAGCUUGCAGGCAGCUCUCCCCGGCUACAGGUGGCUGUGGCCCCCAACACGCUGCGUCUGGAGAUCCACAGUGCAGUGCUGGAGGAUGAGGGCAUCUACACCUGCGAGGCCACCAAUGCCCUGGGCCAGGCCUCAGCCUCAGCCACGUUUGAUGCCCAGGCUGUGAGUGUGCAGGUGUGGCCCAAAGCCACUGUACAGGAGGGGCAGCUGGUGAACCUGACCUGCCUUGUGUGGACCACCCAAGUGGCCCAGCUCAACUACACGUGGUACCAAGACAGGCAGCAGCGCCCAGGUACCACCCCCUCCAUCCUCCUGCCCAAUGUCACGGUCAUGGAUGCUGCUUCCUACCGCUGUGGCGUGUUGACCCCUGGCCGGGCACUCCACCUCUCCAGACCUGUCACCCUAGACAUCCUCUACGCACCCCGCAGCCUGCGCCUGACCUAUCUCCUGGAGAGCCGUGGCGGGCCACUGGCCCUGGUGCUGUGCACCGUGGACAGCCGCCCCCCUGCCCAGCUGGCCCUCAGCCACGCUGGCCGCCUCCUGGCCUCCUCCACUGCAGCCUCUGUCCCCAACACCCUGCGGCUGGAGCUGUGGGAGCCCGGGCCCAGUGACGAGGGUCUCUACAGCUGCUCAGCCCGCAGUCCCCUGGGUCAGGCCAACACGUCCCUGGAGCUGCGGCUAGAGGCUGUGCAGGUGAGCCUGGCUCCGUCAGCCACCGUGCCCGAGGGAGCCCCCGUCACAGUGACUUGUGAAGACCCUGCUGCCCAGCCACCCACCCUCUACGCCUGGUACCACAACGGCCGUUGGCUGCAGGAGGGGCCUGCUGUCUCACUCUCAUUCCCGGUGGCUACACGGGCUCACGCGGGCGCCUAUACCUGCCAGGUCCAGGAUGCCCAGGGCACACGCAGCUCCCGGCCCACAGCGCUGCAUGUCCACUAUGCCCCUCGAGACGUUGUCCUAUCCUCCUUCUGGGACUCAAGGGCCAGCCCCAUGGCCGUGGUACAGUGCACUGUGGACAGCGAGCCACCUGCCGAGCUGGCCCUGUCCCGCGAUGGCAAGGUGCUGGCCUCCAGCCGCGGGGUCCACGGCUUGGCAGUGGGGACGGGCCAUGUCCAGGUGGCCCGCAAUGCCCUGCGGCUGCGGGUGCAAGAAGUGCCCUCAGGUGAUGAGGACAGCUAUGUCUGCACGGCCCGCAACUUGUUGGGCUCAGUCAACACCACGCAGCUUCAGGCAGAAGGUGUGCAUGUGGUGGCCAAGCCAGGGCUGGAUGUGCCUGAGGGCUCAGCGCUGAACCUGAGUUGUCACCUACCUGGUGGCCCUGGGCCCAUGGGCAACUCAACCUUUGCUUGGUUCUGGAAUGGCCGGCACCUACACACAGAGCCUGUGCCCACCCUCGCUUUCACCCACGUGGCCCGUGAACAAGCUGGAAUAUACCACUGCCGGGCUGUGCUCCCCUCUGGGGCCACCACCUCUGCUCCAGUCGUGCUCCGGGUGCUCUACCCUCCCACGACGCCCACCAUGACAGUUUUUGUGGAGCCUGAGGGUGGCGUCCAGGGCAUUCUCGACUGUCGAGUGGAGAGUGAGCCCCUAGCCAGCCUGACCCUCCACCUUGGCAGUCGACUGGUGGCCUCCAGCCAGCCACAGGUUGCUCCCGCCAAGCCACGCAUCCACGUCUCAGCCACGCCCAAUGCCUUGAGGGUGGACAUCGAGGAGCUGAGGCCCAGUGACCAGGGCGAAUACGUGUGUUCUGCCUCCAAUGCCCUGGGCUCUGCCUCUGCUGCCAUCUACUUCACAACCAGAGCCCUGCACCGCCUGCAUCUGUUCCAGCAGCUACUCUGGGUCCUAGGGCUGCUGGCAGUCCUCCUCUUCCUGCUGUUGGGCCUGGGGGCCUGCUACACCUGGAGAAAGAGGUAUUUUCAUAAGCUGAGAGUGGGUGAAAAUUUGGUGGAGAUGGCUUCUCAGAAGGAAACCACACAGGAGGAGGAGGUUACCAGACUCGGUGAUGACUUGGGCUCUAUGAACAAGGCAGCAUUGGGUCCUGCCUGACUCCACGAAAACAGCUCUGUGGCACCUGACUUUCUAUGACCUGGCUCCAAACCCCAAGAAAAAUGGGUGGUGAGAGGUGGAGGUGAACCUCAAUCUACCCAGAAGAGUGUUGACCCUGGGACUCUGAAGAGAAAUUUGAUCACAUUGUCCAUUUCUCUUUCUCUUUUCUCUGGAUCUCAUCUCUCUAUUGAUCUUCCAUUGCACUGCCUCUUCACAUCUUUCUCCUCCAACCUCACCCUGGACUUUUGGAAUGGAUUCGAAUAGAAGAAGAGCUUUCUACUUCAUUACAGGCUGGUCAAGGCACUCUGUACUAGCUAGAAUAUAAGCUAGGCUGCUCUAACAAGACCAAAUACAGUAACUUCGACAUGAGAGAGUUUGAUUUUUCUCUCCCAUACUAGUCUGGGUAUGUUAUGGUGGUUUAAGAUAUUGGAGCUCUGGAUCCUUCUAUUUUGUUUUUCUCCAUCCCUAAAAUGUUGCCUUUGAUUGUGAAGUUCACAAUGGUCCCAUUAGGUUCACACUCCCUCCAGCAACAAGAGGGAAGAACAGAAGUUAAAGGCAUACCCAUUCCCAUUGUGGAUACAACCCAGAAGUUGCACAGGUCAUUUCUACUUACUUCCUAUUGGCUGGAAUUUAGUCAUAUGGCCACUCCAAGCUGCAAGGGAUUCUGGGAAGUGUAGUUUUAAUUGUGUUUGCAAAGGACUCCCAACUAUGGACUCAUCCCUGAGAUGUUGACAUUGAUGAGAAUGCUGCCAGCAGGCCACAUUCUCAGUGCCCAUCUACUGAAGGCCAGGGUGUGUCCCUGUCCACUAUGGUAAUGGGCUUCCUGGAGGAGGUAGUCCCUCUCACACAUUAAGACUGAGGAAAUCAAGAAGGUUUUGUGAUCCCUAGGGAGAGGGAAUGCUAGGCAGUCAGUUUGCCUGAACAGGCAUCUUGUGCCAGAUCUGGCCCCUGGAAGAAGAGGUGCCCCCAUUUCCACUCCCCCACCCCCAGAGAAUGUGGGGAGCACACAUGGUCUCAGCAUCCUUGUUUCUGCUGCAAGUGCAUUCCUGUCCAUGGAUCAAAUGAGCUCAUGUUCUCUUCCUGGAAGCUUGUGCACCAGGGGCUAAGACAAGGAUCACUAAGAGAGAAUAGCAUGCCCCUAGGGAAGUCAGUGCCUGAGGGGAACCACUUCUCAGGCGGGCUAGCGACUCCCCUGGUAUCCUGGUGGCAGAUGGUGGGGGGAGCAAAGAGCCCACCACUCUGGGAUUUGAGUGCAGAAAUGUGAAAAGACGUGGGAAGAAUAGGAGCUAACAGGUUGGGAAGAAAUUGGAGGCCAGGUGAGCUUCGUGUAGUAGGGCUGGACCCUUCCAGUCCCAGAUCCCAUUCUUAUCAGUGCCUGAUUGCCAGGGUCUUCUUGGGAGCCUAUCAGGCAUGUCCUUCCAAUAAACGUCCAUCCU